AGUAUCAGCUGAUGAGACACAAUAAAUAGAGGCUGCGCGCAGAGGACAUUACAGACACUGCAGCAGACGUUGAAGCGUCCUUUUGCCUCAGCUUUGAAUCCCCGAGACCAGAAACUCUUCAGAUAUCCCAUCGACGAGGAACCAUGCCGGUAUCUACAGAAUGGGCUCCAGCCUUAUGGCGGGACACUUUUGACGAGAUGCUGAAUGAGGACAAUGAGCUGGACUAUGGAGACCAAUGGACUCUCAACUUUAGCUACAGUCAGUCUGACACAGUCACCAAAGAGGAACAGAAGAGAGGCUGGAAGGUCUACUGCCACAAGGCUCAUGGAGAUUUCAAGUGUUCAUCGUGCUCCAAGAUCUGGCACUCGGCUAGGAUAGUGGUGUUGUUUCGUUACCGGCUGCAGAAAGAUCGGGGGACAGUGAUCAUGCGACCCUUCGGUCAGACCUGUCGCAGCUGCGGUAACAAGCAGUUUGAGCGACCUGGUUUUCCCCAGGAUGAAGUUGAAAUGGCUUUAGAUAGGCUGUUUUCCAAAAUCCGGAAGAAUUGCUACAGGGAAGAAUCGGACGAUGAAGAUGACUCACCGAGAGAAGAAAAGCUGACCAAACCCCAUGAGAGCGCCCUGUGUGAGGCCUGCAUGGCGGGCAUUUGCUCUCAGGAUAAGGACAAGAAGGUUGUUUUGAGGUGUGCGAACUAAACACUCAACGAAAUCACGACUGUUUGCUUUCCUGGCUCUUGAAUGGUGGAACGAGCUCCCCGAUGACUUCAGGACAGCAGAAAGUCUAUACAUCUUCCGCCCGCAAACUAAAACCACAUUUUUUUCCGACUAUACCUUGAAUAAAAAAAUAAAUAGUUUACGCUCUAAAUUAAGUAACACUUAAAUGGCACUUACUUAUAGCACUUUGUGGUUUGGCUUUCUUGAAGAAAAUUGUACUUUCCUGAUUCUUGUUGUUCUGGGUUUGUACUCUCAUGGUUGAAUGCACUUAUUGUAAGUCAAUUUGGAUAAAAGCGUCAGCUAAAUGAAAUGUAAUGUAUGUAAAGAGAGAGAGAGAGAGUGGCUUAGUCUUAGUAUGGCAGGUGCAGAGACUGACAGUGACAGUUUUGUGCAGGUUCACAUGUUCUUUAUCAGAUCAGCAAUGGACGUUAUUUUUUGUAGCCACAUAAAUAUUGUAAGUGGCGGUUAAAAAAUUGUAAAUAAAGUGUUUUGUUAUUUGUUUAAA